AUGACCGAACCAGUGCGGCGUGAGCUUCGUAUACUUCACCCCCCCUUGGAACCGAUAGUGCGGGAUGGAAAAAUCCGCGAGCAGAUUGAGCUGGAGAGCAAAGGUCGCCGGGAGUACUUGAAAAAGUGGGGCUACAUAACGAAACCGGAAACAACGGAGUUCUACGAUUUGAAGCGUAACAACCAGAAGCUGCGUGAUAUCCAGCUGGGCCGCAACCGGAGCGUUAACCUACGCGAAUAUGACGGUCACGGUGAAUCGUUUUUUGUGUCGCGCCAAAUGUUCAAGACGCUGCUCGAUACUUGCCGCUGUGGCCGCAAGCGUACCAACACCCAUGCGCUCAAAUGUUUGCAGAAACCGAAAAAUACCUACGAAAAGACGGACGACGAGGAGGAGGAUGAGGAGGAAAUGGAAAAGCAACCAAAGGAUCCUGGUGCAACCGUUAGUGGCCGAAGUAGUACAGAGCGUCUUGAGAGAGGCGAACAGGUUGGCGGGGAAAAAACUGUCAGCAGCUACAUACCGAAGGUGCCAACGUUGAGCUCAGGAAUGUACGGUUGGCCACAAAAUCGCUUCGUAGCUAUGGAGAAAACGACUUACUACGUUUCCCCCCGGUACACCAUGCCCGGACAUCCAAUCGUUGAUAGCCAGCCCUACAAUAAUAUCAUUCUCGGGUAAGGCGCCAGGCACUUGUAGCAACAGAGUUUCUUUCGCACAUCUGAGCCAUAUCCUAAUUUCCGAACAUUCACGACUACGAUUAAAUAAAUUCCAC